UUAGGUCUGAAUAAUUUUAUGUAUAGGGAGAUCGUCGCGAAUUCUUUGUUUUUUUCUUUUUAGGUACACUGCAAAGUUUGAAGACUUUAUUUUCAGUCUAAAAUUCAUAGUUUAUAUUAACACUUAAUCUCCACUUUAUCAAUAUAGGUCCAUCUUAGUUAAGAGGGAUCGCUUGUCGCGUUAUGAAAAAGUUUAUUAAAGGUGUCUUUUCGUUUGCCUAAUACUACUUAUUAAUACCUAAUUCAUUUUUUGACAGAUCAGAGAAUUUUCUCCAACAAUUUAAAUGAAGAAACGUCAUAUGGAAGUCUUUAUAUGGUUUUAAUAAGAAAGUAAGGUUUCAGUAAUCGCAGCUGGGAGGGUGCUGUACUGACGAAAUACAUUUCCUUGCCAUUACAGAUGACCUGAAUGAAAGAAAAAUGUCGACAACAAAUUUCAGUAGAGAAGGAACACACACCAAAACAUUUCAUGAACUGCUAUGCUCCCCUUCUUUGAUGGGGGGACUUCAACUCGAAUCAGUUUCUUUCUCAGCGGUGCUAAUUCUCCUCUCAAUCACAACAUUUCUUGGAAAUUCUCUUAUCCUUGUUGCCCUUCAUAAAGAAUCUUCCCCUCAUCCACUAUCCAAACUCUUGUAUCGUUGUCUGGCAAUAACUGACCUGUUGGUUGGUCUUAUUAGCCAGCCCCUCGCUACUAGUCACUGGAUGCUCAUGGUUCACGAACACUGGAGUCUUUGUCGCUAUGUAAAUGGCGCAGUCUACAUAACAGGCCUAGCAUUAAGUGGAGUGUCUUUGAUGACAACGGCUGCCAUAAGUGUAGACAGACUUCUCGCCCUGUUGUUGGGGCUGAGAUACCAACAAAUUGUAACUUUAAAGCGUACAUAUUUCAUUGUAGCCGCCUUUUGGGUUUUCGAUCUCGUUGCUUCUUUACGCAUCAUUUUUGAUCACCGUAUAACCUUACUGUACGGCUACAUAAUUAUACCACUUUGCCUGGUCGUUUCGCUCGCCUCUUAUCGAAAAAUUUUCCCUACUCUCGAUAUCAUCAGGCCAGAUCCAGAUCCUUUUCAACAACGGCCGAACCAACUAAAUACACUGAAAAUGGCCCGAUACAGAAAGGCAGUAUGCAGUGCACUGUGGGUGCAGUUGGCAUUAGUUGUUUGUCAUGCACCAAUCACUACAGUGGAAAUUGUAGUCGCCCAUUCUAAAACAUACACAUCACACUUAAUCAUCACACGGAGAGUAGCAGUUACCUUAGUUUACCUCAACUCGACGUUAAACCCGUUUCUUUACUGCUGGAAGAUUAGUGAACUAAGACGAGCAGUAAAGCAGACAAUCAGACAAGCACUUUGCUGCCCAUGGAGUUAGAUCCUCCUCGAGUUAAAAUCAUAUCACAAUAUUCCGAGUUGACCUGUAGAGUUCGUUCAUUAUCAGCCAACGCUCGUUGUUUACGUUAUUGGAUAGGAAGAAAUAGGAA